AUGAGUUAACAUAGUUUUGUAAUUGCUAAUGCGUAAGAAGAAAUGAUUUAAAAAAGAGUCAAAUCUCUUAAAUUUCAACUAAAGGCUCUUGGCUAGAAGAACACUAUUCUACAUUAAAAAAUAAAGGACGUUAACAGAGUAAACUUAGACCAUUCUAAAUCACCAGUUUCUUAAUUGCAAGAGAAUUUACACUUUGAUAGAAGAUAAGUCAUUGAACUUUUCAAACCAAUAAUUGCCAAAGAAGCAAUCUACAUUAGAAAUGAGAAAUACAAGACAGAACAAUUCAUGAUGCAAUCAAAGAUGAAUGAAAUUUAACAGAAAAAAAUUAAGGCCCGAUAAAUUGAAUAAUUCGAUGCUGACGCAAUCAGAAGAGUAGCAGAGUUUAAAGAGAAAAAAGUUAUUGAAAUUCGUUAAAGAAACAUUGCAGAAAUAGAAAUCAACAAGUCAACAGUUCAGAAAAAGCUUGAACAUAUCUCAAUUUUGGAGAAUGAAGAGAAGGAAUUAAUGAACAUGAUCUAACAGUAUUUUUUAUUUCAUAAAUUUAGAGCUAAACUAAAUACUACUUAAUUGAAGUAGAGAUUCAAUAGAGCCAUAACAUAAACAGAUGAAAGCUCCGUGUUACCCAAUAUAAGAAAAUUCAGUUGUAAUUAGAGAUUCGAAUCACCAUUUAAAAAUCGAACACCUAAUCAUUAUUCAGAUAAGUUUUUGGAUCAUGGUAAUACAAGUAAUAAGAAACAUUCAUAAUACUUUCUCUGUAGAAGAUAAUCAAAAUCCACCAAUAAAUUAAUUAACACCGAUAAUUAUGAGACAAGUGGUACUCCCAAAUGGGCAAUUAAUUAUACAUAAUAUUACAAUAUAAGUAAUAAGGAAAAUUUGGAAAUUAAAGAGGAUUUUUAAGAAUAAUCAACAUAAUAGUGA